CUGGGACGCGGAACUCUGCAGUGAAUACAACCGGAUCACUACAAGUGUGAAGUUUAUCUUGUUUUUGAGUUUGAGUGAUUAUGAUGCUGAACGUAGCUAUUGUCAGCUGGACUUUGAUGAAUGUCAUGGUGAUGGCAUCACAUCCAAACCUGAGGCGUAGUGAAAGCUCCUUUGCUCUGUCUGACACAGACUUACCACCUGGAGUGGAACACCUUGAAAUAAACUCAGCAGAAGAAAAACUGCUAGCAGACCUUGAAUCCUAUGAUGAGGAUCUGAGUAAAGUCAUACAGCUGCAGAGAAGAGGCACACGUUCUCCCAGCCGCUGCAUCCCUCAUCAGCAGUCCUGCCUGGGCCAUCACCUGCCCUGCUGCAACCCAUGCGAUACGUGUUACUGCCGUUUCUUUAAGGCCUUCUGUUACUGCCGUAGCAUGGAUCACACUUGCAAGCACGAAUAUGCAUAGUGCCAAAUUCUACUCUGAAAUUAUUUAUUUGUCACUACAGAAUGUAUAUGUGGAUAGUGUAAAUAUACAGCCUCACGCUAUCUACAGACAAGUUUGUUACAAUAUAAUGGUCAAUAAUGUUUAAUAAUAAAGCAGCACAAGCAUAAAGAGUGCACUUUGGCUCCUAACAUUUCAAAUUUGUAUUGCUGCAGUUUUAUGGUGUAAUUUUAUUGCAAUUUUAAGGUCUAUAUCUACUCAAAUAUUGUCUCAAAAAUUUUGUAUAUAUGCAUUCAAUAAACUCUGAUUA